AUGCGAUCCCUUCCCAAGCAGAACAAUCCUCUUAUCCUCCCUGACGCAUCCCCUUCUUAUCAGGAGCUGCUUGCGCUUCGCCGCUUGGGAAAGACGAAUUUGGCCGUGAAGCCUACCCAGGUUGGCACCUCGAAUGCGACCAAACCAGAGAACCUAGGGCCCUUCGAAUAUGCGCACCUGCGCGCCCCCCUACCCAAAGAUCUAUCCGGCUCGGAAAUCUUUCCCUCGCAAACUCCGAAGCAAGAUACCUAUUUCUUGAUGCGACGGAGCAAGGACGGUUAUAUCAGUGCUACUGGGAUGUUUAAGAUCGCAUUUCCUUGGGCGAAAGCAGACGAAGAGAAAUCUGAGCGCGAGUAUGUGAAAUCGAGAACCGAAACCAGUGUGGACGAGACUGCUGGAAAUCUGUGGAUUUCGCCUAUUCUAGCCUUGGAACUCGCGAAAGAAUACCAGAUGCUAGACUGGGUUCGUGCCUUGUUGGAUUCCACCGACAUUGCGCAAAAUCCCAUAAGUUCAAAGAAGCCAAUAACACCGCCUCCAAAGUUUGAUAUGCCUCCGCUAGAGAACCUCACCGAGCUUCCUCCCACCCGCACCAGAAGCAGGCGGUCAGAUUCGCCUGCCAAAACAUCUCCUAAAAAGACAAUGUCUCCGCGGAAGUCGAGAGCUCCUCGAUCUGUGAAGGAGAGUUCGGCAGCUGCAACUACAGCUGCCAGUGAUUCCCUACAGGCCGCUUUGAACGGUGCUGCAGAGAAGGAGGAGCCCAGCGACGUAGCCGAGUCCAAUGACGUCGACGUCACCGAACCCACGGAAGCAAAACCUAAGAAGAGCAGAUCCAAAAAGCAAGUCUUAGCACCGACGAGUGACGAGAAGGACACGGCCGACGAGAAGGUCACUGUGAGCGUUGAGUCUACAACGGAAGUUAAGGAUGAGGUUGAAACGACUCAGACCAAUGUCUCUGUGGAGAUGCCUGUCAGUCUACCUGAUCUUCCACCCGCCGAGGAUACGGAGCAGAUGCUUGCGCAGGCCAAGCAGAUGGUAGAGGCAGCAACCAAACUGCAAGACGAGGAUGCGACGGCUGAACCUUCGUCUUCCUCCAAAGCUACCAAGAAGCGCAAGUCGGACGAAGUCGAGGAGGACGAGGAGGAGAAAUCUGCAACACCAGCGCAACCAACGAAGAAAGCUAGAGUGUUAGAAGACAAGCUGCGAAAGGAGCGAGUCCGCAAUCGGGCUCUGGUUGGUGUUACUGCAUCAUUGGCACUUGCGUAA